AUGACUCCGAUUUUUUCCCGUUCCUUUUCAGUCCCGCUGCGUAUCUCAGAGAUUGCCUUUGCGGCGAUACAUGCUGCCUCGGCGCAUGUCCACCAAGAGACCACAAAGCAAGAGUUCGGUUCGCCCGAGGCUGGGCGGGAUGUCCAUCGUACUCAGUUUGCGAAAAUGGCUCUUUCGUGA